AUGUCUCAAAUAAACCUGAAUUUCAGAACAGCAUGUGCCGAAUAUAUCGCUCUAAGCUCCUUCUUUCACCAGGUUCCUGCCCCGGUCGUUCGCAAUACGAACAAUAUCUUGCCAACCAGCCAGAAAUAUGUUUUGCCAUUUUCUAAGGAGCGUGGACUGACUGAAAUUCUCGCUUUUAUGGCUAAAACUAAAGAUGGACGGGAAUAUAUUCCAGCGGUCUGCGUGAGAGAGAGCCAAUCUGGCACGGCCUUGGAUAUCAUCCUAGCCAUUAACAAGACAACCUACACGGAUGGAGAUGAUAUCUUACAAAACCUGAAAGCAAGUUUUGAGCAAGUUUUCCAGAUCCUGAAUAAGUCCGACUACGGUUAG